GGAAGUAGAUAAACUGCUAAAGGAUGAGGAUGAUGAGAACGAUGAGGAAGAACAUGACGAGCCCGAAAGGACUACUCCGAGGGGGAAUGCGUAUCUUUUGGUGGUCUCCCCAGGGGAACAGGUACUCAUGACAGGGGACGAGGAUCGGCACGGACGUGACAAGGAGGAUCCUAGAACACCUGCACCACUGACAGAGACUAGAAAACCUGGCGCGAGGCCCAAGGUCAACAGAAAGCUUUAUCCUGACUUACCAACACAGGACGGCUCUCAAGACAGCUGGUCAACAGGGUCAACAAAAGGCAAGAGGGAGACAGGACCAGGAGAUGGAAUCCGCGACGUACGUUCCAACGCCGGCAAGGAGUCGAGCGACAAAGACCAAAACCCAAGCAUAUCUCCACAGAUAUAUGUAUCUCCUUCUAGCAGACAUCCGAAGAAAGACCCAAGUCCAGACGAGAGGUCCGAUGAGACUUCGGCGUCCAAGGCGUCGUCUGGCGUCUCAAGUGGUGUUCACAUGUGGUACAAGGAGAAGAUCGCUGCUGGCCUUGAUGGUUCGAAGUUGAACAGUACUCCUGACAUACUAUAUGAGGAGAACAAGCAAAUUUAUGAUAUGUCUUGGAGCACCUCUGACUUUGAACACCCUACACCCAUGGAAACCGAAUCGGUCCCUGAUUACCCCACGCCCAUGGAAACUGAAUCUACCCCCUUCCAACGAGACAACUUGGCGGAUAGUACGGCUUCAUCCCCGAACGAUUCUAUAGAUGAUGGCCAUGUUCGGUUAUUUACCAGUAACUUUAGAGGUUCAUCAUGUACAGGUCUGGCAAACAGGUUGCCGAACCCACCGGCAAGUGCCUGUUUGCCUGCUCAUCUGUCGAAAAAUCAACAGGAAAAUCCGAAUAGAGGUUCGUCCAGUUCCUCGUCUGCUCCUCUGAAGAAAGACGGUUCCCCCGACAUGCGGUACAAGGAGAACAAGAUCGCUGCUGGUCUGCACGGGUACAAGAAGGACGGGACUCCGGACAGGCGCUUCAAGGAGAACCACUGACGUCAAGGAAGUCGUGUACUACUCCAUAAUAUGCGUGGUACUUAUGUAUGAUGAUAUUUUUAGAAACAUGUAUCUAUCUAUCUAUCUAU